ACAGAAAAACCACUGUUCUAUGCUGUGUCUCCAUCCUAAUUUAGCUCCACUUCUAAUCUUAGGAAUUCGGAGAAAUCAAAGAUGGUGGCAAUUGCGUAAUACAUUCUGCUGUUUGAAGCCGCCGAUUAAACCGAGGCUCGUGACACUUUCAUUCAAAUGAAUAUUUGUCGCUGAGACAAAACCCUCUUUCUAUUACCAGGUUGAAAUAGACAGGCGUUACUAAUAGUGUCCGCCGAAAAUUGGGAAUUGCAUCAGUGUCCAAGACAUGGGGUCUCAAGAACCAAAGGCUGUAACUAUUAAUGUAACCGGAUUUAAGAAGUUUCAAGGGAUUGCUCAUAAUCCCACAGAAACUAUAGUUAAUAACCUGAAGAAUUUCGUUGAAAGCAAAGGGUUGCUGCCUGCUGGUGUUACAUUAAGGAGUUGCACUGUCCUUGAGACUGUUGGCAGUGGUGCCCUUCCCGUGCUUCUCAAGGUCUUGGAAUCAGGCAUCUCAGGGAUUGACAUCAAAAACGAACAUGUUAUAUGGCUUCACUUGGGGGUUGAUGGCGGAGCACGAAAAUUUACCCUCGAACAGCAGGCUGUAAAUGAAGCUUCUUUCUUUUGUCCCGAUGAACUAGGAUGGCAACCAAUGCGACAGCCCAUUGUUGCCGACGAUGGGGGAAUCUCCCGGAAACGACAGACGACUUGUUCCAUUGAAGCAAUCCUCAGGUUCUUAAAGAACAAGGGCUAUGCUGCGAUGACAUCCAACGAUGCCGGCCUUUUUAUAUGCAAUUAUGUAUACUAUCAGUCUCUCCGGUUCGCCGAACAGAAGGGUCAUAAAUCUCUAUUUGUUCAUGUUCCCCUCUUCUCGACAAUCAAUGAAGAGACACAGAUGCAAUUCGUCGCAUCUCUCUUGGAGGCCAUUGCAUCGACCUGCUAAACAUUAAACGAUUCAAAUGAUAUAUGAUUAUGCUUUAUAUUUAUGCACGUAAUUCUCUGAUAUCACAAACUAUAAAAAAUGAUGGGACUUGUGAGCUUUCCCUUUGCCUCCCCACCACCCUUUCUCUCCACCAUUGCUCUUGCUUCACCUUUGUAUUUCUUGUGUGAACUGUACUUGUUUAAGUGGGUUUUAUGCAAUGAAAUUAGCUGCAUUUGAACCUUGAAA